CUACAAUCACCACCAAACCAUCACAAUAAUCCCUCUCAAGUCCCAUCAUUCAUGUAGAUAUCCCACCAACACACAUACCACCGAAUUCAACAAUCCCAAUUUCUGCAUCCAUACCAACUCCAUCACAUUGACACCAAUUCAUGCACCAUGACCGCCGGACCGGCAACGACGUCAUACCCGCCGCCUUUCUUUCACCGUUUGCGACCUCUCAUCAACCCACACCAACCUGUACAAUGACGACCACGCAAUAGUGUCAUCACGAACAGCGUGAGUCGACCUAUUUGAACAUUCCAAAUUAGCCAAAUUCACACACAUACGCACCAUGGCUGGAGAGGAGGAGCCAGCAUUACACCGCGAUCACAGUCGCAGCGGAACGGACGGUUACUCGUCAGAUACACAUAAUCAGCUCGAGGUCGUCCUCCAACCCGAAUGCAGCCAUCGUCGCAAAUCCUCCCUCGUCAUGGCAGAUGAUCCCAUGACGAGACCUGAUCUCUCGCAUGCCGACCAGACGACAGCGUGUUUCGUGCACUCGUUGAUAGCUGGGGAAUGGGGGGAUCCGACGAAUAAAGUGAAGGUGUUAGAGGGGGUAUUGAAGGGGACCAAGGACGAGAAAAAAGAAGAAGAAGAAGAAGCAGCAAUGGAAGAGGACGACGAAGAUGAGAUAGAGAAAGAAAUGAUGCAAUCACGACACCUGACGAAGAAGCAGUUAUCCGAUAUGGCGUGGAACGUGCGCAAGCUGUCCAAGAAGCUGGACAGUAUCAAGUUGAAACUCACGGUCAAGACGGUAUUCCUGGUCACCAAGGCGGGCGAUCAAUCGGUGAUUGGAUCGACGAGGGAGGUCGCUAGGUGGCUUUUAUCGAGGGAUCGCGAUACGCAGUAUAAUGUGUAUGUGGAGAAACGGUUGGAGACGGAUCCGGAGUUCGGUGCAGCAGAGAUACUGAGGGAGGAGCCAUCGGCGAAGAGUCGACUGAAGUAUUGGGAUCAUGAGCUGGCGGCGGAGAGAGCUCAUUUGUUUGAUUUCGUGGUCACGCUCGGAGGAGAUGGUACUGUGCUGUUUACGAGUUGGCUGUUUCAGCAUGUGGUGCCGCCGGUGUUGUCGUUCUCGCUUGGUUCGUUGGGCUUCUUGACCAAGUUUGACUUCAAUGAGUAUCAGAAGACGCUGUCGGCUGCGUUUAAGGAUGGCGUGGUCGUCAAUCUACGACUACGGUUUGAGUGCACGAUUAUGAGGAGUAAUCCACUGCCGAAGGGGGAGUUGGGGCCUGGUGGGAAACGGGAUUUGGUCGAGGAGUUGAUUGGGGAAGAAGGUGAUGAUACGUUAACGCAUAGACCGGAUAAGGUGCUUCAGAUAUUGAAUGAUGUUGUUCUUGAUCGAGGGCCGAAUCCUACUAUGUCAUCGAUUGAGUUGUUCGGCGACGAUGAACAUUUCACAACGCUGCUCGCCGAUGGUGUUUGCAUAGCGACACCAACCGGCUCGACAGCGUAUAACCUCGCAGCUGGAGGAUCACUAUCUCAUCCGGACAACCCUGUUAUUCUCGUCACUGCAAUUUGCGCCCAUACACUCUCUUUCCGGCCUAUAAUCCUGCCAGAUACGAUUGUUCUCCGAAUGGGAGUACCCUACGAUGCUCGGGCGAGCUCAUGGGCCAGCUUUGAUGGCCGGGAGAGGAUUGAAUUACACCCAGGCGAUUAUGUGACGGUUUCCGCAUCGCGAUAUCCAUUCGCGAAUGUUCUACCCCGUGGUCGACGUGGAGACGAUUGGGUGCACACUAUUUCCAAGACACUGAAUUGGAACUCUAGACAGAGGCAGAAGAGCCUCGACCCGGUGGAUGAAGCAAAGCGCAAUAAAUAAGAACUUGCUUGCUAGCAACGAGCAUAUGGACAUGUUUACGAUUCGAUAUACAAUAUUACCAAAUACGGAAUUUUAUGCAUACUGCC